GAAAUUGACUGUCAUAAUGUUGAAUUUUGGUUUCGAAGUUCAAAACAAACACGUAAUAUUUUCUAUAAGAUAAGUGAUCUUCUCAGAAGAACUCAUAACCAAAAAUGACCGAGACAGGAGAAAAAUCGAGAGACAUAUCUAGAUGGAGCCUUAGAGGCAUGACUGCUCUUGUCACCGGUGGCUCCAAAGGCCUCGGGGAGGCUGUGGUGGAAGAACUAUCAAUGUUGGGAGCAAGAGUCCACACAUGUGCCAGAGACGAAACUCAGCUUCAAGAAAGCUUACUUGAAUGGCAAGCAAAAGGGUUUCAGGUUACCACUUCUGUUUGCGAUGUUUCUUCUCGUGUCCAACGAGAGAAACUCAUGGAAACCGUUUCCACUCUCUUCCAAGGAAAACUCAACAUCCUUGUAAACAAUGCGGGAACGUGUAUAACAAAGCCGACCACAGAGUUUAGUGCAGAAGACUUCUCGUUUCUGAUGGCCACAAAUCUCGAAUCAGCUUUUCAUCUCUCACAGCUCGCCCAUCCUUUUUUGAAAGCUUCUGGUUCAGGGAGCAUCGUGUUUAUGUCUUCCGCUGCUGGGGUUGUGCAUAUCAAUGUUGGAUCCAUCUACGGAGCUACCAAAGGAGCCAUGAAUCAGCUGGCGAGAAACUUAGCAUGUGAGUGGGCAAGUGACAGCAUAAGGAUUAACUCUGUGUGUCCAUGGUUCAUAGCGACUCCUUUAGCAAACAAAUAUAUCGAUCAUGAAGAGCAUAAAAAAGAAGUGGAGAAGAAGACACCAAUGGGACGUGUUGGAGAGGCAAAUGAAGUAUCAUCGCUUGUUGCGUUUCUCUGUUUUCCGGCAGCUUCGUAUAUAACCGGUCAGGUUAUCUGCGUUGACGGAGGUGCCACUAUCAACGGUUUAUCUUUCAAGUCUUUGCCUUAAGAGGUCAAUAUGAUUGUGAUGUUUUCGUUUGCUUCUAUGUAUCUUUGCGUUUGCUUCGUAUUUUCCGAAUAAAAGGUUGACGAAGGGAAGCCAUAUGUUUUCGUUGGACGUAGUUAUAGGUUUUGGCUUAUAGCAAAAACCAUUGUAAGAAGAUGAUAAUGUGCUAUUUUUCAGAAUUAUUGUAUUUGUAUUUUGUGUGUACC